AGAAUCUUCUAAUUAUUUUUUGUUAAUUUUGUGAAAGAAAUUUAAUCAUGAUUUUGCUUUCUAUAUUUAAUCUUAAAUUUAAAAUUUAACCUUCCCAAGAAAACCCGUUGAUUAAUAACAAUUUGCUCAUCUUUCUUGAUUUUGAAAACUGAUGUGCAAAGCUCAGCUGUAAUUUUUGCAGAGCUUCAAGUGGAAGUAUCAAUUUAUUAAGCAGCAUUUGUUAAAUUUCAAUUUGUUUUCUGCAGCAGACCUCAUCACCUGGAAACGUACGCUGUUAAAAAUUAGUGGACAAAAUAUUGUUGUUUUAUUAGCUUGUAUUAGCCUAGUUAAAUUGCUAUAUAUAUAAUCAUGCUUUGUGAUGCAGAUUUUAUGCAUAUGUUGUUUAACAGUUUGCUAGAAAUAUUCAUUUAAGCAGUACAUCUUAGCACAACAUUUUGACUAUCUUAGAAGCAGGCGCAAAAUUAGUUUAUUAUUCAAAUUUCGACUUGUUGAACUUCCCUGAAAAAUCACAUCAAAAUAUUACCAGAAAUUUCUAUAAUGAGUCUUGUGUGACUGUCCAUGUUUGCUGUAAAAUUUGCACAUAGUUAUCAUCUGGUUUCUUACCAAAGGGCUGCAGCUGUCUGAAAUCAACUUCUUUUUGAUGGGUUACUCUGGGUUGUUUGAUUCAUAGAAUGUGAUAUUUUAUCAUAAAUUUAGAUGCCUGGGAAGGUAAACGAUGGGGAUCACUUUGAUAGGUAUGCUAUCUUAAUUUGUUUGGUUCACAUUGCUAUAUUGAUUUGUUUGGCUUGUUAGUAGUGAGACAUGGCUUAAACUCCUACGAGAGGCAGCAUUGAGGAAUUUUUAGCAAUGAACAGAAGUUUGACGGGGCAAUGCCGUAUGGAGGUAGAAGCCCACUGGUUGUGAACUUCUUCUGUUUCCGGAGAAGAAGCAAUGAUGGUAUUUGAGGAAUAAGCAUCAGUUGACUCUGUGCAAGCACCCGUGGUGAGAUAGGAUGUAAGUAUUAUCUGGAAUGAUUAGGCAUAAAGCGCCAAUGGGUGGCUUUUCAACUCCGCCGUCAAAUCUCAUAGCUCAACCUUGGCUAGGCAGUGGAAACUACCAAGUCAGAAUAUGGUAGAGGCAGAGGGAAUUUCCUAUGGAGUGGUGAAAUGUGUAGAGAUUAGGAAUAUGAUAAUAUUAAAUUAUGAAUUACUUAAAUAACUUUAUUAUACAUCUCCAUAUCUCUAUAUAGCGGAAUGAGCGAACUACCCUUGCUUAUUGGUAUAAUAACCAAACAUCUCCAUUUUUGUUAUUUUGGUAUGAACACUAUACUAGGGUUGUAAUAGUAAAAAAGAAUAUUUGAACUAAUUAAAGAAAGUCUAAAGUAGGGGCUAUAAUUGUAACUUUUGUUGCUACAUUCCCUUGUGAGAGGAAUUACAACAAGAUAUACUAUUCCAGAUGGGAAAUGUAGUAUGUUACUGUUGCAUGGUUAUUCUUGACCCUUGCAUUGAAAAAAAAGUAGCUAUAUGUUCACUGUUUUGUUGUAGUUUGCUGUUAAUGAACUUAUAAAAUAGCAUGUUUUCAUUCUUGAUAAUUCUAAUUACUUUCAUAAAAUGUAGCUAUACUAUUAUUCGGCCAUCUGGGUUUCAUGAAAUUUCUACAUACUGAAAGCAGUCACUUCUACAUCUAUUUUGAUGAUCUUACUGCUUGUUGCUGUUUUAUUGAGUGAGGAUUUUCUUUGUGUAGUCUUUGUUCUGCAUUCAAUUAAUUGUAAAGUUAAACAAGUUAAAUGCUCCUCUAUUGUUAUACAGGUACAUACCAAGUUGCUAUUGAAGCUUUUAGGGUACCUCCCAUAAAUCACAAUGUUGUUUUGAACUCUUGCAUUACAUAGUGUACGAUCCAUAUUAUUGUUAUUUCACAAAUUGUUGCUUCCCAUUGUCAAAACUAUUUGAGACCAUGCAUUUUCAAGUACGUGCUUUGGUUGUUAUCUGAGAUGUUACAUUGUUUCAGCCAAUUGAUUUAAAUGCUGAUGAGGAGACUUUGAUGAGGCGUGUUCCAUUCUGGAGAACAUCACUUAAUGGUCCUAUGGCACAGACUCAGCUAUUCUAUUUUAAUCACUUUGAGACCCACCUAUUAAGGUUUGGUUUACUUCUCUAUUGAUUUUAUCAAAUGCAAGGGUAUCGUUUUGCAUGCUCAAUGUUUUCUUUCAUUCUUCAUAUUUUCCUGUUUGGCUUGUGCUUAUGAUCUGUUCAAGAUCAAGGCAAGAUUUCUACCAGGGAAUCCAGAUUUAAGUUAUAUCUCCACCCAAGAGACGUUAAGCCUUAAGGUCCCAACUAUAAAGCAUGCAGUUGUGGAGCUGAAUAAUGUCCUCCUAACCCAUGCUUUAGUAAUCCCCAGCAAGUUGCUUGUGUAGUGUGCAAAGCAUUAUUCUUGGCAGGCUUCGUGAAAUUUAAUCUGUAUACUUGCUCAAUAAAUAUAUUAUAUUUAUUGUCGAUUUUGGCAGUGAGUCCUUUUUUUCCUUUUCUUAAGAAGAAAUUGUUAAACAUGUCAUCCAAGGUAUGUAGUAAGAGGUAUAUAUUUUCAAAAGAAGUCAACUGCUUCUUCCAGCCUUCGCUUCAAUUUUAGAUGACACGGCCUUGUCUUCUCUAUAUGUUCUCAUUGAUCCUUCAUAUGGCUCGAUCCUUCUUCUUGGAAUUACUCUAGGAGUGACACAUUGGCAUCAGUGCUACAUACAUCUAUCAUCUGAUUGUCAGUUGAGUAUUCGGCUUGGGUAGCCGUAAGGAAUCAGAACAAUUUAUUACUAUGUGUUCCCAUUUUCUAAUGUACCUGAUAGGACUAAUUAUUUAUGACCUGAAUUUCUGGACAGGUAUGUUCAAAUUUAUCGGCAUGUAUGCCAAAGCUAAAAGCCUUUCAGGGGCAAAACGGGAUUUUGGGAAAACUGUUAGAACAGCAGGUUCAAAUGCUCUGUUUGCUGCUCUCACGGAGAUUUCAGAUAAUGUUUUAAGUGGGGCAGAGACAAAUGGUUUGAAUGGCAUGGUGACUGGUUUCCACCAGGGUAUACUUAGAUUAGCCAUGGAGCCAACCUUAUUAUUGGGUGCUGCUCUUAUGGAAGGAGGUUCAGAUAGAAAAAUUGAACUUGUUUGUGGUCCAAGAGAUGAUGAGCAACGACGAUAUAUCGAAGGGUACCUGCAGGCCAUGCUGGAUACUAGGUACCAAAUAGCACGCCUUCGUGUGAGUGUGGCAGAGGACCAGGUUUGUCUCGAGAACCUACCCGCUAACACUUCUAUCAUUAACGAAAUCAUGGAAAAUGUGAAAUCCGUUCUUGUGAGCAAAAAUUUGUUAGAAGGAAAUAGUUCUACUGCUUCUCAUCCUUUCCGUCAUGUACGAACUGAGAAUGCAAAUUUCUUUCAUCACUAUAAUUGUAAUCUGAAUAUGUACCAUAUAUGCGGGCUUCAGAACAUAGCUAAAAUUGUUUUUGAGCUUUUUUUGCCGAUUGAAUUGCAGGAAUGGAGAGUUUGGCCAACGGUGCGGACUCUGUGUGAACACCUGUUUGUUCAUUACACAAUCCACAAAUUGCAUGAAGAAGCAAAUAAAUUCUUGGUUGACAUCAGAUCAAAAACCAAGAAGGAUGGAGACAAAGACGAGCCUUCCAAAGAAGGCCGGAAAAGGCAUGCUUGGACACGGGCUCUUGGUAAGUUUGUUUUGUCGAGCAUGUUCGCUUAUGUGAAUGGUUGGUUGUGCCGUCAUUUACCCAGUCUUAUUUUGAGGAGGAUUGCCAGUGGUUUUUUGUUGAGUUUCCUUGACAAGAAUAGUAGUACAUAAGUUUGCAAAACUCACUUCUGGUUAUGAUGUUGCUUAGGAAGGUAUAUAUGCAUGCUAUAGAGUCUGGAAUUUGUCUUGAUGUGUGUUAACGAUUGAUUAGCUAAAUUUGAUUCUCUAAUAAAGCCAAAAUGGUAAGUAAUUAUUAA